CCUGCGCGGGCGGGUUUUGGUUGCUGGAUCCGUGGGUGAGGAGAGUGUCCAAGAGGAGAAAAGGUGUCAGUGCUGGCGUCUGAGGAGAGCCGGCUGAAGAGGGGCAGGGGGGUGGGGGUAAAGCGAUGAUGAUGGCUGCGAAGAAGGGCCCGGGCCCCGGCGGCGGCGACAGCGCCGGCAAAGCGGAGGCGGAGGCGGCUUCGGAGGUGUGGUGUCGCCGGGUGCGGGAGCUGGGUGGCAGCAGCCAGGCCGGAAACCGCCACUGCUUCGAGUGUGCCCAGCGCGGGGUCACAUACGUGGAUAUCACCGUGGGCAGCUUUGUCUGCACCUCCUGCUCUGGUCUCCUGAGAGGCCUGAAUCCCCCUCACCGAGUCAAAUCCAUCUCCAUGACAACCUUUACUGAGCCUGAAGUGAUGUUCCUCCAGUCUCGUGGAAAUGAGGUUUGCAGGAAGAUCUGGCUGGGUCUCUUUGAUUCACAAACCUCCUUAGUCCCAGACUCCAGGGACCCUCAAAAGGUGAAGGAGUUUCUUCAGGAGAAAUAUGAGAAGAAACGAUGGUAUGUCCCCCCAGACCAAAUCAAGGGGCCAUCCUACACCAAAAGCAGCACCUCUACCCCUACCCAAGAUUCCACUCCAGAUGUAAAGCCCCUGAGGACACUUCUUGGGGACCCUGUGCCCUCUGUUGCCAUCUCCAGUGCUAGCCAGUCUGUCCCUCAGGCUCGUCUUUCCCAGCACCCAUGCUCUCAACCACCCACCCUCCCUCCAGUCAAGAAAGCUAGCACUGACCUUCUGGCUGACAUUGGUGGAGACCCUUUUGCUGCUCCCCAACCCGCAUCGAACUUUGCUGUCUUUGGGGGCCAGGGGACUUCCCAUGGAGGCUUUGCCAACUUUGAUGCCUUUGGGAGCAGCCCUUUCUCUUCCACAAUCGGAUGUAUCCCUCCAGCCGGCCAGACUUUGUUCCAGACCCAGCCAACGCCCAUAGCCAGUCAGAUGCUUACUGGAAGUUACAGCUUUGGCAGCAGCCAGGUGACUCCAUUUGGUGCCUCUCCUCUUGCUCCUGCCGGCCAGCCAAGUGCCCUUUCAGAUAUGAGCAAUGUCUUGGGAACUGGGAUGUCAGCUGGUGGUGUUCCUAGCAGAGCCUUUGGGACUGUUGGCCAUGUCUCUGGACUCCACCCUGCUGCUUCUGGCAGUAAUAGUAGCAGCAGCAGCAGCAGCAGCACUGGACUUGGAUUUGGGGCUUUCACCAACCCUUUCAUCACACCGGCUCCUCACCCACAGUUGCCUUCCACUAACCCAUUCCAAACCAAUGGCGUGGCUUCAGGGCUUGGUUUGGGGAUGAACACUGUGGUUCCUAGCUUCUCUUCUGCACCGACCCCAGGUGGCUUCCCAGGAACUUUCUCUCCUAAUCUCUUCCCUCCACAAACCUUGCUGGUUCAGCAGCAGAAUGGCUCUGGCUUUGUGGGAUUAGGAGCAGCCAAACUGGGGCAAAGGCCUGUGAACCAUCCUGCGGGGAUCUCUACCAACCCCUUCAUGACUGGAUCCUCAUCAAGCCCAUUUGCCUCCAAACCUCCUCCUACUAAUCCCUUCUUGUAGCACUGUGCCCAGGAGGACAACAUCCUUCCUGCUCCCUCUGCCCCAAUUAUCCCUCUGUUCCCUCGAUCCCUGGUGGCCACCUUUGUUUUUUGGCAUUACUGUGGUCUCAGCCCAAAAUGGGGAAUGACUUGCCUUGCUUUAGGUGGUGGGAAUCUUGGGGAUAAUGAAAGUGCUAAUGCUUUGCUCUGGGCUUGCAAAUAAAACACCAGCCCCUAGGCCAGUAGUCCCCCUCCCAGAGCAGUGAGAACAAUGGGAGUGGUUAUUAGAGGGGGCUGGCCCAGGUGUGUUUUAUUAUUCUAAAAUUUUUCCUUCUCUUAUCUCCCCUCUCCCCCUUACACCUGUGAUUCUCCCAGCUCCUAAAGCCUUCUCCUGUGGAGAAAGUUAUUAUAGAUGCAGGCCGAUACAAAUUUCCUCCUCUAGUGCUCUAGUCUAACUAAUUGCUGGGAGGCUGUGGGAAGCUGAACCCACGGCAGGACGUUUCCCCACAUGCUAAAGGGCCUCAUUCCUGGCUAAAACAGUGGGAAGUAUGGCUGCUGAGACCAAGGCAUGGGAAGGACAGUUGAAUGGCACUGGAGUUGGAGCACCUUCAUUCCCUGGCUUCUUUCUGCAUUGCUGAGCACUUUAGCAACCUUCCAAUCACUUUCCACCUUGUGCCCCCCCCCCAAAAGGCCUUCAUCUCUCUUGCACAAACUCCCAACCCAACUACCCCAUCUACACAUGCAAUGAUGAAAGGUUCCUAUCCUUCAUAUCAAAGCUGCUACUAUCUUUCAUUUGUUUGCAAAAGUUUAAUCCCUUAGCUUCUUCUCUUCCCCCAAACUCAUGUCAGGCACUUUAGUUAACUGUUGGUUUGAUGUUUGGAUACCAGUGUUUUAUAAACACAAAGUUUUCUAAUAUAGCCUAUUCUACAUAUAUGUGUAUGUAUCCAUGCAUACAUACAUGGAUACAUGCAUACAUAUAUACAUAUAUCUAUAUCUAUAUCUAUAUACAUAAAAUCUACACAGCCAUCCUCUUGUGUACUCUGCCCCCAAGAAUCACCAGAUAACUGCUGAUAUUCAUGGGUAGUAAAGGUAUUCCUUAUCUACUCUGACCAUCAUUCCAUCAUCCAUGUUCUGAGAUCACUCCCAGCCUUACCUUCUGGACUACCACAGGGGAGAGAUUUUUGUGCAGUUGCUGCAUUGUUUUUUCACACUUCCUGUUCUGCCCUGACUUUGAUUCUUGCACUAAAGGCAGUGUUGGAAAAGAACUUUGGUUUGAAAGAAAAAGAAAAAAAGUUUGUUGUUGCCUGGCUUUAGGGUCCCUUGUUUUCAUAUACUAGCAAACUUGCCUGAUUAGCUUAAUUUGGCUUUUUUUUUUCUUUCUUUGUCCAGACAACAGCUUCGUCUAUAAACUAACACAGGCCUUUCUGGCAAAGUGACUCCAAAGAGUGGGUUAAGAUGGGGGGUAAGACUAGGUAAGGAUGUUUCUCUUAUACCAAGGACAAGAUGGGCAGAAAUGAGGAUGGCUUUCAUUGCCUUAGUGUUAAAUUUGCCCAUACCUAACCAGACUACCAAAGCAUUACCAUAAUAUCCCUGACAGCCACCUCAGGCAAACACAGCUGUUUAUAUUUUCUAGUCCAUUGUGUUAUGUCAACAGCUCUGGGGGCUGAGCUGUUUGUAUGGGGACAUGGAUAUCUGCUUAGGGUAAACUUUCUCUUCAGAAUGAGGCAAAGGGUUAUGACCUUGAUAUUUAGGACAAUGUGAUAGGGUGAGAGGACUUGCUACUCAGUUUCCCUUCUCUUAUUUGUGUGUGUAUGUGGGUGUUUAAGCUUCUGUAGCCUUGAGGGUGUGGGAGAUUGGUUAUCUUUAGUGGAUUUGGGGUGUUUUCUGGAAGAAUGCCUCCAGCUGUGUGUCAUUUAUCUAGCCAGGCUCAAUCUCACUUCAUCCUCAUUGUGGAGAAGAAUCCAUAUCUUGAUGUUCUCUUAAAUUCCUAACUCUUCUCUGUGCCCAGCUUCUGAACAUACCUAUUAACACUGUUUUUGGUAUGGGGAAGAUGGGAAGUCUAACUGCUGAAGAACUGUUGUCACUUCCCCCUGGGGCACAGAAGUCAUGCUCCCCUUAUAUCUCUCUGUCCACCCUCUGCUUCCUCCUCACUCCCUCCCCCCUCCUUUUGCAAAGGUCUACCCCACCAGUAUAGGCAGUUAUGCACGGGAGAGGGAGAAACUCAUGUUGGUACUUCUCCCUCAAGUCCAAGUCAGGGAAGCAGAAUAAGUACACAGCCAGCUUCCAGAGUCCCUUCCUCAAGCCCAAUGAAUUUCUCCUUUAGGGAGAAGGUAACCCAUAGGAGGACACCUCCUCACAACUAGUUAGUGUUGUUUCCAAAACUCUAAUCUCCAUAUGCUAUAUCUCCAUGUCUCCCAUCUUGGCUUUUUUCUCCCUAAAUCUUGUCAUCAUGUAUUCUGUACCUUCGCCAUUUGUUUUUUGUCUCCACUUACUGUCCCCUUUCACUGGCCUGUUUGAGUGCUUUGAGGUAGGGAGGGAGCCAAGAGCCCGGUUGGCAUGCUGUGGUGAGAGCUACACUUUUAGCCUUUUCUUGUUUUCUCAUAACUUGCUGCUACUUCCCCCCCCCCCCAAUUCUUCAGUUACCAAGGAAAGGCCUCCAAAAAUCACUACUGGUUGGAACUUAUUUAAAGGGCUAGGGAUCUGAGAUGCCUUUGUGUGUCAUAUUCUUUCCCUGGUGCUUGGUGCCCUAGAUUCAGUGGCUCCCUCCAACUUUCCCCCAGCAUUUACUGAGCCAGCCAACUCUGUUGUCAUCUUUUCUCUAUUCUGGUCCUAGGACUUACUUUAGCUUUUUGAGGGCAGAUAGUCAUAGGUGAUAGGGCUGAAUCAGCCCAAGAUCCCGAAGUACAGAAAAUAAGGGCACUUUAGGAAAAGUGAGGCCAAGGACCUCAAAUACUUCCAGCCAACCUUCUCCAUUCCUAGCCUCACUCCUUAUCUCUGAGUUCAGUGGGAACAACAGGAAUUCUGAUCUUUACUCUGUCACUGACCAAGGAUGAGAGGGGGUAGCUCUGGGUGUAGAACCUGGAGUCAUGAAUUGUUCUUUUUUUUUUUUUUAAUUUUUAAAUUUUGAAUUUAACACCAAAAAAAGUAUGUCUGUAAGGUUUUUUGCAUAUGAAACUAUGAAUCUCUAUUCCAUACUGCUUGCUUUUUAAAAAUGUAUAUAAUAAAUUUGCAUUACUUUCAAA